UCCUCCUCCUCCUCCUCUCAGCCCGUGAAAGACCUCAGCUCCUCGGUGUCUCUCCGCACACACAUUUGGUCUUUGUUUGCUCCUGCUGCUUCCUCCUAAAACACAAAAGGCACCUAACAUUAAUCAAAAUGGCCAUGGUUCUAGCUUACUGGGACAUUCGCGGGCUCGCCCAGCCCGUCCGCCUCCUCCUGGAGUACACCGGUACUGCAUAUGAUGAAAAGUUUUACACCUGUGGUGAAGCUCCGGACUAUGACAGAAGCUGCUGGUUUGGUGAGAAGGAGAAACUUGGAAUUGACUUCCCCAACCUGCCCUACUUGUUAGAUGGAGACAGGAAGAUAACGCAGAGCAACGCCAUAAUGAGAUACAUCGCUCGCAAACACAACCUGUGUGGAGAGACGGAGGAUGAAAAGGUCAGAGUGGACUUGCUGGAGAACCAGGCCAUGGACUUUAGAAACGGCUUUGUGAGGCUGUGCUACACCGACUUCGAAAAGCUAAAGCCAGGAUACCUCAGCUCGCUGCAAGGUACUCUGAAGCAAUUCUCCGACUUCCUGGGUGACAGGAAGUGGUUCGCUGGUGACAAGAUCACCUUUGUGGACUUUGUCAUGUAUGAGCUGCUGGAUCAGCACAGGAUGUUUCAUUCUUCAUGCUUGGACGACUUCAAAAACCUCAAAGAUUUCUUGGACCGCUUUGAGGCGCUGGAGAAGAUUGCUGCCUACAUGAAGUCCAGCAGGUUCAUUAAGACUCCCGUCAACAACAAGAUGGCCAAAUGGGGACACAAGAAGGAGUGAAGACGAAACUCACCUCUGCCUUAGAAAUACAAAGUGCUUUCCUCAAGUGCAACUUACCGGAGAAACGUAAAUUCAGCAGUAAAUUUGUAAUCUUUUUUCAUAUCAUGAAGGCUUCAUGUCCUUUCGACAAAAGGAUAUGAUGGUGAAUACUUUUAAUUUCAAUCAAAGCACUUGUUAGUUUUGUAACAUGUUUUGUUGACAGAAUAAACUAACUAAAUCUCA